UUUGUAUACGAUGGUAUUUUUUUCUUUUCUUAUUUCACUCAAACAUUUUCUGCUCAGUAGACAAGAACUUUGAACAAGACCAUAAUGACCCGCAUUGUCUUCGUUUGGGCAAUCGUACUUACAAUAUUCUGGUUACAGGGCGUCGUGCUUGGCACUGCUGAAGAAGCAUGCCCAGGUAAGUCACUUACUUUGAAAGAAUGUAUAAUUUAAAGCGACCCCAUACUUCUUAAGUCACAGGAUAGAAGAAUGGAUGAGUGCUACAUGGAAUCUUUAACCCCUUAAGGACACAGGACAUGCGUGACAUGUCACGAUUCCCUUUUAUUCCAGAAGUUUGGUCCUUAAGGGGUUAAAGACAUUUCAUUAGACAGCAAGGUAGUAAUGUGUUGAAACCCUCCACCAACAGUGGAAUUCUAGCUUUGUCUGUUUAGAUUUUCAUUUUCAUGGAAAUAGCAUCUCAAUGGGAAAAUAUGAGGUUGACAUUAUUGUUUUCCGAAUAUAUUAUUUGCUGAUACUGUGUAGUGUAAUUUUAUUUAUUUCUUACAGCUAAACUGCCAGAAACAAUGUUAAUACACAGAUCAGGAUCAUUUGUGGAUUGCAAUUUAAUGUUUAAAACGAAUGUAUGUUUGUGUGCAUUAUGGCAUGACAGGGGGCAUAUCAUUAUUAUUUUUAUUUUAUUUCUUAAGCUUAACAUUUUUUAGAAAGAAAAUGUCAUUACUAAAUGUGUUUCUUUCCAACAUUUGAUCUGGCAAAUUAAAUAGAACAUUAGAAUACAAGAAAUCAGUUUGCGUUACUUGCUCCCAUUUUAUAUAAUAUGUAUUUGGGUCAUUUUGUGAAUGCUGUGUCUUGCCAAGGUUUGACAUGAGGGCCAGACUGUGAGCUGAUGUGGUGGGGUAUUUUGUGUAAAUAGAUUGGUUUAAUUGUGUUUUGUUGUGGUGUAAUGUAUGACCAGAGACUGUAGAGAGUGAGAGUGUGUGUAGGGGUCAUCAUGUUAAUAGAGGCUGUAGCCAGUGUGUUCAUAGGGGCUGUACUGUAUGUGAGAACUGCAGUGUAUGAGGGGUGCAGUAUAUAAAUGUGUUGGGAGGUAAAACAUAUACUUUGCAUGGUAGGGCAGAUGGGAGCAUAUAUAUCUCUCUCUAUAUAUUUAUUUCUUUUUUAAAUUCAAUACAUAAACUUUAUAUUCUUACCAUUGGCAAAGGAGGGGAAGGGGGUGCAUUGUAAACCCUGGUGGCCCUCCUUCCAUUUUUUCUUUAUUUAAGUGCCUGUGGGCUGGUGAAUGAGAUUCUUGAUAUAAUACAUUUAUCUCUCGCAUUUCUUUACAGAAGUGAAAGUAAUUGGGAUUGGUGACACCGAUAAGCUGACCAUUCUCAGAGGAUGUAAUGGUUUCCCAGGAACCACCGGGCCAAAAGGAGACACUGGGUCGGCGGGCGAGAAUGGUGCGUAAAAAUCAUAUGGAGGGUGAGAUGUAUCCAAUUGUUCUGUUCUAAAAGGUGGUGAAAAAGUGUAAAAGGGGAUAAGUAACAAAUAUAAUGCAUCUACUGGUUUCACUGGUUUCCAAAGUGACUGCCCCACUUAUAGUAAUAUAAAACACUUUUUUUUUUUAAGAACAGAACGCUUUGAGAAAUGUAUCCCCAAUAUAUCAAUGAAAGCACGAGACCCUUAAGACAAUAAUUUAUAACAUCUCUCUAUGGUGACCAGUCAAAGAAAUCUCUACACAGUAAAUAUUACAUGAGAGAAGUUCACUAAGACACAAUCAAUAUGUUAUUAAUCAGAGCUUCAAUGAAUAAUAAAACACAGUGGACGACUAAAAUACUCAACUCAUAGGCGUGUAAGAUCUGUUGUAUGUUGCUGCUGGCGAUUUACAAACUUUAUUUAUCCAUUUUUAGGUAAAGAUGGGCUUCCAGGACCAGUCGGGGUUCAAGGACCGAAAGGUGGGUGAUAAAUAUCCCAUUCCCUAAGAGCACAUGAUCUGUCGGCAUUGUGUAUCAUCCUGUCCACUUGGGCUAUAGAGAUUAUACAAGGAGCCCCCACUGAUGUGGGACACCUGGGAAAUCUGCUAAUUCAUUAGAGAGAUUCAAUGGCUGAGAAAAUUGUUUAGUAAUUGGUAAAUAAGUGUUAGGAUAAAAGGUGAAAUAUUAAUAGUUAAAGGAACACUAUAGUGCUAGUGUGGCUAUUUAAGUGAACGGCCCCAUGAGUUUACUUACUUUUUCUCCAAUAAAGCUCCUCUGGUGGCCAUCAGAGUGAAUGACAUGAAAAGUGUUCGUAGCCUAGGCAAUAAUGUAAACACUGUCUUAUCUCUGAGAUCUCUGCUAAGAAUGCACAGACAGGCUCAAGACACCAGAACCACUGCAUUAAUCUGCAGUGGUGCUGGUGACUAUAGUAUUCCUUUAAGUAUUACAUAAUUUUGUGACACAACUUUAUCAAAUCUAAAGAUUACUACCUGUAGCAAGUGGAGGGUAAUCUGAUACCAGAUACUUUUCCUUUUCCAGAGGUUGUGCAGUGUUUUUGGCAGUUUGAUGUUUUGUUCAGACUUCUGCAUUCAGUUUCAAAAGGAAUCGCAAUUCAUCGAAUUUUGGGCGAUUAGAGGGUGAUCCAAAUUCCACAACUCCGAUCGUGAAACAAGCAAAACAGUUUCAUUUGUUUGGGGAUAUGGAGUUCUGUCUGUGGGACAAAGAAAAGAGAUUCAUGUUGGGAAAAAUGUAAUUGUUAAAAAAAAAAAAAUAUGUUCAUGUCAGAAUUUGCUUUUUUCAUACAGGCGAUGCUGGAGAAAAAGGAAUUAAAGGUGAAAGGGGUAAGUCUUUCCAAGCUUUUUUUUUAUUCCUAUAAAUGUUCAUUUAGUCAGGUUGUACACACAGCCAGAGUCUCACAUUAUAAAGUGUCCCACUAUGUGAAUUGAUACAGUAAAGAUUUUCACCAGAUCCUUAAAACAAGUAAGAAAAGAAAAAAAGACAUUAAGAACAAAGCACAGAAGUGACAGGAAAGAGAGAUGGAUCAAAGGGAGAAAGGAGGGAGAGGGAAUUGGUUUACUAUUUUACGUUUCAUAAACUGACCAUCCUAGCAGUGACUUUACUACUCCCAAGGUCAAUAUAAUAAAAUAAUCUACAGCUAUGUCUCCAAGAAACAUAUUAUCAUUAAUUAUGGUUAAAAUUCAUACAUCUGAACUGUCCAUAUUUAGAAAGCACAGUCCCUAUUCUGGGUCUAAAUCCCUCUGUCCCUCUUUUCUCUCCUAAUCUUCCUCUUUUCUAGGAGCUCCCUAUUGUUGGUGUGUCUGAGUGUAUAACAGAGCUCCCCAGCAAUAAUACUCCCAGUAAUGUGUCUGAGUGUAUAACAGAGCUCCACAGCAAUAAUACUCCCAGUAAUGUGUCUGAGUGUAUAACAGAGCUCCACAGCAAUAAUACUCCCAGUAAUGUGUCUGAGUGUAUAACAGAGCUCCACAGCAAUAAUACUCCCAGUAAUGUGUCUGAGUGUAUAACAGAGCUCCACAGCAAUAAUACUCCCAGUAAUGUGUCUGAGUGUAUAACAGAGCUCCACAGCAAUAAUACUCCCAGUAAUGUGUCUGAGUGUAUAACAGAGCUCCACAGCAAUAAUACUCCCAGUAAUGUGUCUAAAUGUAUAACAGAGCUCCACAGCAAUAAUACUCCCAGUAAUGUGUCUGAGUGUAUAACAGAGCUCCACAGCAAUAAUACUCCCAGUAAUGUGUCUGAGUGUAUAACAGAGCUCCACAGCUAAUAAUACUCCCAGUAAUGUGUCUUAGUGUAUAACAGAGCUCCACAGCAAUAAUACUCCCAGUAAUGUGUCUGAGUGUAUAACAGAGCUCCAUAGCAAUAAUACUCCCAGUAAUGUGUCUGGGUGUAUAACAGAGCUCCACAGUAAUAAUACUCCCAGUAAUGUGUCUGAGUGUAUAACAGAGCUCCACAGCAAUAAUACUCCCAAUAAUGUGUCUGAGUGUAUAACAGAGCUCCACAGCAAUAAUACUCCCAGUAAUGUGUCUGAGUGUAUAACAAAGCUCCACAGCAAUAAUACUCCCAGUAAUGUGUCUGAGUGUAUAACAAAGCUCCACAGCAAUAAUACUCCCAGUAAUGUGUCUGAGUGUAUAACAGAGCUCCACAGCAAUAAUACUCCCAGUAAUGUGUCUGAGUGUAUAACAGAGCUCCACAGCAAUAAUACUCCCAGUAAUGUGUCUGAGUGUAUAACAGAGCUCCACAGCAAUAAUACUCCCAGUAAUGUGUCUGAGUGUAUAACAGAGCUCCACAGCAAUAAUACUCCCAGUAAUGUGUCUGAGUGUAUAACAGAGUUCCACAGUAAUAAUACUCCCAGUAAUGUGUCUGAGUGUAUAACAGAGCUCCACAGCAAUAAUACUCCCAGUAAUGUGUCUGAGUGUAUAACAGAGCUCCACAGCAAUAAUACUCCCAGCAAUGUGUCUGAGUGUAUCACAGAGCCCCACAGCAAUAAUACUCACAGUAAUGUGUCUGAGUGUAUAACAGAGCACCACUGCAAUAAUACUCCCAGUGAUGUGUCUGAGUGUAUAACAGAGCUCCACAGCAAUAAUACUCCCAGUGAUGUGUCUGAGUGUAUAACAGAGCUCCACAGCAAUAAUACUCCCAGUAAUGUGUCUGAGUGUAUUACAGAGCUCCACAGCAAUAAUACUCCCAGUAAUGUGUCUGAGUCUAUAACAGAGCUCCACAGCAAUAAUACUCCCAGUAAUGUGUCUGAGUGUAUAACAAAGCUCCACAGCAAUAACACUCCCAGUAAUGUUUCUUUAAACUACAUUAAAUGUGUUUAGAAAUCGGUCUGUGUAAAUAAGAUACAUUGUUUUUGUUAUAAAUUACAUUUACUUGUAUAAAUUGUUAUUAGUCAGUCACUUCAAAUUUAUUAGUAAAGCCUCGCCCAACUCACACCCAGAACAGCCUCCUUGUCACCCCCCCACUCACACCCCUAAUUGUCCCUCUUAGUCCAUUGAAAUGUUGAGAGUUAUGCAAACUGCUGGUUCAACUGAAUAAUGAAUAUACCCAGAAAUUGUCCUGUUUUAGAGUGUUGUAUCCCAGACUGCAUGAGCUACAGGAAGCACUGUUUCUACAAAAUGUUAUGCCAAUUGGUCCAAAGAUUGACCAUGAAAUUACCUGUAUUAUCAUUCAACAGGAGAGAAAGGAGAAGCGGCUAAAGCAAUCGAUUCAUUAUAUGGUGAGUUGGCAAGGUUUAGACACAUGACAUCAAUGACACUUUGUAACAGAGCGUGACUUUUAUUUGGAAGAAUACAGUUAUGGUCGCUUAUUGUAACUCAGGUGUAAAAAUACCAAAGUAAAAAAAAAAGGCUAAGACUUAUCAACUAUAACAAGCACUUAAUUUGUUCAGCUGUAGUGAUGUCCCGAACGGUUCGCCGAAUGGUUCGCGAACGGUUCGCCAUGAACGGUUCACCACGGACUCAUCAUUGAGUAAACUUUGACCCUGUACCUCACAGUCAGCAGACACAUUCCAGCCAAUCAGCAGCAGACCCUCCCUCCCAGAUCCUCCCACCUCCUGGACAGCUCACUAAGAAUGCAGCUUCACAAUGAAUGUAAAAUGGAUGCUGUCCAGGAGGUGGGAGGACCUGGGAGGGAGGGUCUGCUACUGAUUGGCUGGAAUGUGUCUGCUGACUGUGAGGUAUAGGGUCAAAGUUUACUCAAUAAUGAGUCCGUGGCGAACCGUUCGCGAACCGUUCGGCAAACAGUUCGGGAUAUCACUAUUCAGCUGUAAUCUGUUUGCAUAUCUACUCGGUUCACCAAAAUUCAAUAGAAAAUAGAAUUUUUGUUUAAUGAAUUUUGGAUGACCAUUUAGCUCUAUGGGAAGGGAUAUUGUUUCAUUAAUAACAGCAGGAGUUAUCCAACCAAUGAAUAGAUGGCACUGAAUACAAUUCAUUCACCAGCCCAUUUGUUAAUUCAAUAAUUUGCUAAUAGUUCGACCUAUAUUUCGUUUCAGACUAAAUGAAUCGCGAACAAAAUUUUCGUACAUUUUUCAAAUCAUCCAGAAAUGAAUGCACACGUCUAGUUAUUUGUAAGGAUUCAGCUGGCAUUUUUGAGAAUGUAUCAAUUUUCUGUUUUGCAUCAUUCACACACACAAUGAAGCCAGUUCCACCAAUACAUGGGUUGCCAGGAAAAAGAUCGAUUAUAGUUUUAACAAACAUCUUACAAAAUGUAUUUCAGAGGAUCCACAUUGGAAAAUAGUUUAUUUGGUUAUGGUUUUUAAAACGUCAACUCACAACAAAUCACUGCUUAGUGAAUGAACAGAAAGAAAACCAGAAAAUAUAUGCCACUUAAUGCUUGCUGAAGAACGUGAACAUAUCUUCUGUUUGUUCCAAUUCAUCUCUUGUUCUCAGCUGCCCGGAACUGUAAGGAGCUUCAGGAACAGGGGGCGGUACUAAGUGACUGGUAUACAAUAUAUCCAGAUGGCGAGACCCCACUCAAGGUGCUGUGUGACAUGCAUACUGAUGGAGGUGGAUGGAUAGUAAGUACAGGGCACAGAAUCAUAAAUACAGUAUUUAAUCCUCUGUCAUCUAGCUCCGGGAUACUGUAACUCUACAGUAUUCAUAGAGCAUGAUCUUAAGGGUUGUUCUUAUGGAGGUAUAAUAUUUUCCAUAAGUAUUAUAAUAAGGCAUUGAUUUAUAUGCAGAUCUCUAAAGAGUGGACCCCAAAAGAAAACACUUAAAGGACCACUAUAGUGCCAGGAAAACAAACUUGUUUUCCUGGCUCUAUAGGAUCUUUGGGUGCCCCCCACUCUCAGGAUCCCCCUCCUGCCGGGCUCUAGGGGGAGGAAGGGGUUAAACACUUACCUUUCUCCAGCACCGGGCUCCCUCGGCGUUGGGGACUCUCGUCCCUCUUCCGACAUCAUCCCCUGAAUGCGCAUGCGCGGCAAGAGCCGUGCACGCAUUCAAUCAGUCCAUGGGAAGGCAUUUCUCAAUGCUUUCCUAUGGACGCGUCUUCUCACUGUGAAAAUCAGUGAGAAGUGCGGAAGCACCUCUAGCGGCUGUCAAUGAGACAGCCACUAGAGGCUGGAUUAACACUAGUGUAAACAUAGCAGUUUCUCUGAAACUGCUAUGUUUACAGCAGGCAGGGUUAACCCUAGAUGGACCUGGCACCCAGACUACUUCAUUAAGCUGAAGUGGUCUGGGUACCUACAGGGAGUGCAGAAUUAUUAGGCAAAUGAGUAUUUUGACCACAUCAUCCUCUUUAUGCAUGUUGUCUUACUCCAAGCUGUAUAGGCUCGAAAGCCUACUACCAAUUAAGCAUAUUAGGUGAUGUGCAUCUCUGUAAUGAGAAGGGGUGUGGUCUAAUGACAUCAACACCCUAUAUCAGGUGUGCAUAAUUAUUAGGCAACUUCCUUUCCUUUGGCAAAAUGGGUCAAAAGAAGGACUUGACAGGCUCAGAAAAGUCAAAAAUAGUGAGAUAUCUUGCAGAGGGAUGCAGCACUCUUAAAAUUGCAAAGCUUCUGAAGCGUGAUCAUCGAACAAUCAAGCGUUUCAUUCAAAAUAGUCAACAGGGUCGCAAGAAGCGUGUGGAAAAACCAAGGCGCAAAAUAACUGCCCAUGAACUGAGAAAAGUCAAGCGUGCAGCUGCCACGAUGCCACUUGCCACCAGUUUGGCCAUAUUUCAGAGCUGCAACAUCACUGGAGUGCCCAAAAGCACAAGGUGUGCAAUACUCAGAGACAUGGCCAAGGUAAGAAAGGCUGAAAGACGACCACCACUGAACAAGACACACAAGCUGAAACGUCAAGACUGGGCCAAGAAAUAUCUCAAGACUGAUUUUUCUAAGGUUUUAUGGACUGAUGAAAUGAGAGUGAGUCUUGAUGGGCCAGAUGGAUGGGCCCGUGGCUGGAUUGGUAAAGGGCAGAGAGCUCCAGUCCGACUCAGACGCCAGCAAGGUGGAGGUGGAGUACUGGUUUGGGCUGGUAUCAUCAAAGAUGAGCUUGUGGGGCCUUUUCGGGUUGAGUAUGGAGUCAAGCUCAACUCCCAGUCCUACUGCCAGUUCCUGGAAGACACCUUCUUCGAGCAGUGGUACAGGAAGAAGUCUGCAUCCUUCAAGAAAAACAUGAUUUUCAUGCAGUACAAUGCCCCAUCACACGCGUCCAAGUACUCCACAGCGUGGCUGGCAAGAAAGGGUAUAAAAGAAGAAAAUCUAAUGAUAUGGCCUCCUUGUUCACCUGAUCUGAACCCCAUUGAGAACCUGUGGUCCAUCAUCAAAUGUGAGAUUUACAAGGAGGGAAAACAGUACACCUCUCUGAACAGUGUCUGGGAGGCUGUGGUUGCUGCUGCACGCAAUGUUGAUGGUGAACAGAUCAAAACACUGACAGAAUCCAUGGAUGGCAGGCUUUUGAGUGUCCUUGCAAAGAAAGGUGGCUAUAUUGGUCACUGAUUUGUUUUUGUUUUGUUUUUGAAUGUCAGAAAUGUAUAUUUGUGAAUGUUGAGAUGUUAUAUUGGUUUCACUGGUAAUAAUAAAUAAUUGAAAUGGGUAUAUAUUUGUUUUUGUUAAGUUGCCUAAUAAUUAUGCACAGUAAUAGUCACCUGCACACACAGAUAUCCCCCUAACAUAGCUAAAACUAAAAACAAACUAAAAACUACUUCCAAAAAUAUUCAGCUUUGAUAUUAAUGAGUUUUUUGGGUUCAUUGAGAACAUGGUUGUUGUUCAAUAAUAAAAUUAAUCUUCAAAAAUACAACUUGCCUAAUAAUUCUGCACUCCCUGUAUAGUUGUCCUUUAACAGGUUAACACAGAAACACAUCUCAAAUAGAAUACAGCUUACUUUAAAUGUGUAUCAUGGACUUUAAACCACAGAGAAAGCUCUGUUGAUUUGUAAUGUGGCAGCAACAAGGUGGAUGAAAUAAUAUUAAAGAAAUUGAUACAAAGAUGUGAUGAUGAUGGAGAAUCUCAGAUAAAUAAUGAAUAUGAGAAUGACGUGGGUGAAUUAGUAAAAUGGCACACUGGGCAUUAUUUAGAAGACCGUUAGCUCUCAGUCAAUGGUGAUGCUCUGAGUCCUCAUUCUGCUAAUGUUCUGUGUUCAGUAAUUGUUACAGAUGGUUCUAUUCAUAUUUAGUUUGUACUUACAUGAAUGGAGCAAGGCAAAGAUUUGUCCCUCUAAGGGCCCAGACCUCAUGACUCAAUCCCCAGCCAUCCAGUAAAGAUGGAGUAAUUGAAUGUCUCCUUUUGGUCGGUGUAGGUUUUUCAGAGACGUUGGGAUGGAGGAGUGGAUUUCUUCCGUGACUGGAAAUCGUACAAGAUGGGGUUUGGCAGCCGCCUCGGAGAUUUCUGGUUGGGAAAUGAUAUUGUUCACAUGUUAACGUCAUCAGGUAAUGAUAUUCCCCAGAUAUACCAAUUCUACCCUUUCAUCUGGUAUACAGAAUGUACAUCUUCUGCUAAAAUACAGAGAUAUUAGUAAUUCAGCAUUAAACGGUCUUUUAGGAAGUCAGCAACAUUGUACAUUUUAUGAACAGGUUGAGUAGAGUGAUAAUACACUUUUAUUUUGUGGAGGCGGGUUGUCACAUUUCAGGCACACGUGACCCUUUACACAAACAAGUGUCUUUUAAACUUCUAUGUCUUAGAUUUGCUUAAAGGACAACUAUCACCAACAAUGAUUAUCUAUGGUCUUCCCUAAUUCUGUGACUUACUGUCAGCUGUCAGCUUUCAAAAAAUUUCCACCAGUGGAGGAACUAAUGCAGAGAAGGCCAUGGUGGAAAAAGUGUUUUUGGGUCUCCCUCUAGCGCAAGAGUGGCGAAAGGAUAGAUCCAUAUCUGUCAUACAACUCCCAUGAUGCUAUGCCAGCCGGGGAUCUACCAUUUGCCCAUCCUUGCAGGGUUGUAUUUGAGAUGUGUGUUUGAAUUAAAGCAUUUUCUUGUAUAGGGUAUGUGUAUGUAUGUAGAGGUGUAUUUGUAUGUGCUGUUCCCAUGGAAUGCAGUGGUAUACUUGUUUGUAGUGUUUACGUUUGCAUGCUGUGGUGUGUUUGGAUGUAGUGUUGGUUUUUAAAUGAUGUACAUUUGUGUUUAGUAUUAGUGUAUGAGUGAAGGGAUGUGUUUGUAUAUAAUUUUGGAGUUUGAAUCCAGGAAUGUGUUUGCAUUUUGUGUACGUGUUUGAUUGCUGGGAUGUUUGCAUGCACACUGCCACAUACAUACAUGCACACACAUAUAAAUACAGAUUACCACACAAAUAUACACAUAUAAACACACUGACACAGACAAACACAUUCAUAUACACAAUGACACACACACACACACACACACACAAAUAGACACACAAAUACACACACUGACACAUGCACACAGCUUGGCACAUACACGCACAACUCAACACGUGACAUAUACACACACUGACACAAGUACACAGACCUUGACAAAGAGAUACACACACAGAUACACACACUGACACAUAAACACACAUACACAGCUUGGCACAUACACACACUGUGAUAAAUAUACAGACCUUGACAAACAGAUACAUACACACACCUUGACACACAGAUACUCACACACACAUAUACACACAGAUGCACACACUGGCAUAUACACACACCUUGACACACAUGUACAAACACUGACACACACACAUACACAACAUAAUUUUUAUAUUUGCGGCAACCCUCCUGCGAGCAUAUAUUUUGUCUGCAGGAGGGUAGCUUGCUUGGGGUGCUGUUGGCUGAGGUUGAUGGGUGUGUGUGGUCUGCAGCAGCUCAUUCCUUCCUUCUCUCCCCCUACUGCCUGUGCCUCCUCUCCCUUACACGUGGUGCUCUCUAUAUCUGGAGGAAGUUACCUGCUGUCACUUCCUCCCAGGCUACUGAUACUACUUGCUGAAUAGAGGUCCAGUUGCGCUCUUAAUGGUUUGCACACUUAAAGGGCCACAAUAUCCAUAGGCUGGCCCCAAGUGCAUGAGAUACCUGAUGGGGUCCCCCCAGUGGCUGAGCUCCAGUGGUGGUAGUUCCACCAUUGUGUUCAACCCAAGGUACAAGGUGAAUAUGACUGAAGGGUCCUGUCAUUUACAAAAGGCAGGGGUGAGUUUUUCUUUUUUUCCUUACAUAUUCUAUAUUUAAAAUAUAUAGCUGUUUGCUUUCAAAACUUGGCGAAAGUGAAAUGAUUAAUAUAUCAAUACAUAGCGUUAAGGUCACAGUAGAACUUUUAGAGUUGUAUUGAAGGGAAAAAAGUGACUUUUUAUAGGUUAUUUAGAAGAUAACUGGCAUUGCAUUUAAAUUGUUGGUGUUAUUAAACAUAUAUUUACAAUGAAAUAAUGAUUUUUUUAAAUUAUGGAUAUUUAUUUUUAAGAAGUCAACUUUUAUGUGGUUGAGCGGCCAUGUUGGGUCAAACUCUACUCUCAUCUGACCAGCUGCUGCUCAACCUAACUUAUUUGGUGUUGCAGGUUCACACAGAGAAAUCAUAGCACCAGCAGGUUAGGUUGAGCAGCAGUUGCUCGGCUGACAGUAGAGUCUGACCCAACAUGGCCGCUCAGUUAGAUAAACAUUGCCAUUUAAAAAAAUAAAUAAAUUAUAUAUAUAAUUAAAAAAUUAUAUAUAUAAUUAAAAAAAAAUUUUUUUUAAAGUUUAUUAACUGUAAUACAUGAGAAAUGAAAGUUUGACAGUUGUCCUUUAAAAGAUUCAUAAUCAGCUCUCAAACCAAAUAACACAAUGCAAUGCGUAGGGAUGUAUUGCAAAUAUAAAUGGCAAUUUUUACAAAAUUGGAAGUUAAAAACAUUAGUAAAAGAAGGGCAAAUUUUUAUGAAAUUGUUUUAAUUAAUCUAAAAACACAUUUCCCACAAUUAAUUACCUCCUCCUCCUAAUCACAGGUAAAUGGGAACUGCUUAUUGAUCUAAUGGACUUUGAAAAUACUAGACAUUACGCCACAUAUUCUUCGUUUCAAAUCUUGGGGGAGUCGGAACAAUACAAGCUGAUACUUGGAGCAUUCAAGGAUGGGAAUGCAGGUGAGGUGGCUAGCUUUUGUAAAGUGACACUCCACACCCCUUAUGCACUUGGCUUGCUGCAGUGGCAUACUAAGGGGGGGUGGAGGAGUGGGGGUGCACUUUAUGUUAAAGGGGUGCAGGUUUUUUUUUUAAUUAAGGGGGGUAUGCACUUAAUGUUAAUGGGGUGCCAAACAAAGGGUCCGCCCCGGGUGCCAAAUGCUCUAGGUACGCCCCUGGCUUGCUGAAAUGCUCUAAGUGUGAAGAGUGUGUCCUCUUGUUCAUUUUACAGAAAGUGCUGAUUUAAAUAGAAAUUGACAAUUUUGUAAAUUAACCUGGAUACAGCCCUCCUGACUGUCACUCAGACAACCGGUCCUGUUACUGCCUGGUUUGGUUAGCUCAGUGAAGCUAAACUUACAACGCAGCAAUUGCCUAGAGAACCUGCCUUGCAAAGACUUCUCAUUGAGUUGAAUUGGGAAGUCUGUGAUUGGACAGCCACAGGAAGUCUGGGUGAGGUCAGAGGGGGAGGACUUACAAAGGCUUCAUGUUUUGCAGCUCUUGCAAGCUGUUUUAAGAUAUACCCCCAAGGAAGAAUUGCAUAAUUACAUGCUUGCAUGUUUUCUUGGGGUAUAUUUACUAAACAGUGAUUUUUUAAAAUGUGCUGUUUAAUGUCCCCUUAAUGGUUUGCAUCAUAUCCAUCAUAAUAACUCAUUGCACAGUAAGAGGAGUAGGCUCUCCGGAUUAAAGACAUCAUGGGCGUCUCUUUCUACUUAUACAAAUGUUUAGAAUAGAAGGUGACUGCUCUUGUGUCCGUUUCAUCUUUUUUUAGGUGAUUCUCUGACAGAUCAUAAUAAUAUGAAAUUUUCCACCAAAGACAAGGACUCUUCUUCAUCAAACUGUGCAGAUAUAUACAAAGGAGCCUGGUGGUACAACGCCUGCCAUGUUUCCAAUCUGAAUGGGCGCUACCUGUUGGGGCAACACGCCACCUUUGCAGAUGGAAUCAACUGGAACUCCAGUAAAGGAUAUUAUUACUCCUACAAACAUUCAGAAAUGAAGAUCAGGCCUGUGAACUAAUUAACAAAAAAACACAUAAAUAAUAAAAACAAAAUGGAUAUUAACACAUUCUUAACAUUACAAACCUAUCAUCAUCACGCUAUUUAAUCCAAUUAUCUACACAAAUAUAGCAAUUUUCUCAAAAAGCAUUAAACUUUUUUAUUUAUUUUUUAAUCUUGUCCAAAAAGUAACAUUUGAAGAACAUGCUAAACUUCACGAGGAUUAUUUCAAAAUUUUCAUGUUUGGAAUAUUAAGAAAAUUUUCAUGUUUUAGAAUUUUAAUACAUUUUGAUAAAAUUUGUAUUGAUUUGAACGUAUAAACAUACGUAUAAAAUGUGUAUUCCAUAAAAUAUAGGCACUGACAUGCAGUUUUAUAUUUUUAGAUAUGUAUUCCAUUUUUUUCACAAUUUGAGAAGCUUAGUGUUUUACAUAUAUGUGCUG